UAUCAAGAAUAAUGUUCAACUAAACCCUAGAUGGUUAUCAAUGGAUAAAUGGGACCCUUAUUUGACAGCAACCAGAAAACAUUUUCCUAAUACGCAGAUAGUUUUAUGCGACUGGCAUGAAG